AAUGAAUGCCGGUUUUAGGAAGAUAUUUACUAAAAAUCAGAUUGCCGCCGUCCGUCGCCUGCAAUUAAUGGGAAAUAACAUCAAAUUACAGCGAACAUCCGGCCGCAGAAUGAGCGCAAAUUCCAGGCAGACCGCAGGCAUUUUGAUUAUCGGAGAUGAGAUUCUGAAGGGCCACACACAGGAUACUAACUCCCACUUCCUGUGCAAGGAGCUCUAUGACCUAGGGGUCAAAGUUGAAAGGGUCUUAGUGAUUGCUGAUGACUUGGAAAUAAUCGCUACAGAGGUUGCGAGAUUCUCCUCAUCGUACACACACGUUGUUACGUCAGGUGGAAUUGGACCAACUCAUGAUGACAUCACAUUUGAGGGGGUUGCUAUGGCCUUUAACGAGAGUAUCAUCGCACAUCCAGAGUUGGUCCGACUUUGUAAGCAAUAUUUUGGAGACAGUGACGACUCACCGAGCCUCAAGAUGGCCCGUGUUCCCCAGUCAACGAGGCUUGUUUACGGGUUAGAUCACAAGACUGGUAAGCAGCGUCCGUACCCAUUAAUCUGUGUGCGGAAUGUCUACAUCUUCCCUGGUAUACCGCAACUCCUGACAAGUUCUUUCCUGUCCCUCAAGAAUAAACUCUUCAUUAAGUCUGCCUCGGCAUACCACAUGCGGGAGAUCUAUUUGAACUGCACAGAAACCCCUAUCGCUGGUAUCUUAAAUGAAUUCAACGCACUUCACAAGAACUCGGUUGUUCUUGGUUCAUAUCCCGACGUGGCAAACAGCUAUUUUAAAGUCAAACUGACUUUAGAAACUGACAGUAAGGAAUCGGUGGAUAAGGCACACAGUGAACUGCUAAGGUUACUUCCUCAAGAUAGAGUAGUUGACUACGAGAAGGAUCCUGUCAGCAACUCAGUCAGGAGAUUAGAAAAUCUACUCGCUGCCCCGGAAUCAGAGCUUGCGUCCUUCGUCGCUCCCUCUGUGACGAUAAUCGAAGAAGCCUUGGACAGAUAUCCGUUAUCGUCGAUGUGUCUUGCUUUCAAUGGAGGGAAAGAUUGCACCGCCCUGUUACACCUAGUUUAUGCAAUAAUGAAAAGGAAGUUUCCAGAUCGGGCUGAGCCUCUUCAAGUUUUAUACAUCGAUACGAAACGCUCCUUUCCAGAACUUGAUACAUUUCUGCAUGAAUCCGUGCAAAGGUAUAAUUUGAAGCUACUGAGAGUCACAGGUCGUAUUAAGAGCGCCUUGGGAGUCUUGCAAGAGCAGCAUCCAGAGAUUAAAGCUGUCUUGAUGGGGACCAGAAUGUCUGACCCUUACACAGAUAACUUAAGUGCCUUCACGAUGACAGACAGCGACUGGCCACAGUUUAUGAGAAUUAACCCCAUGCUGCAUUGGACAUACCAUGACGUCUGGGUGUUUAUCAGGUCCAUGUGUGUGCCUUAUUGCAGACUCUAUGAUAAAGGUUACACCUCAAUGGGUAGCAAAGAGGGUACAGACCCUAACCCGGCCCUCCGCUACAUCAGCAGUAGAGGAGAGGUGUGUUACCAUCCAGCCUAUAUGCUACAGGACGGGACGGACGAGAGGACGGGAAGGAAACGCUCAACUAGUCGAACAAUCUCGGAAUAAAAAUAUGAUUUGGCUAGUUUAAAGGCCCGGUCACACAGGCCCCGAUAACGAGAACGUUAAAAAUGCUCGCCAUUGAUUGGUUGAAUAAGGGUGGGCAUAUUUUGCGUGGAGCAAUACAACCAAUAGAAUGCUGGGAAAGAUUAAAGGGCUGUUUAUUGGCCCAAUGAACAGGGAACUAAUGUAAAGCGC